AUGGCUACAAAGAAGACGGCACCUACAGACGAUGAACUGUUGGCCCAGCUUGAUGAUCUAGGCAGUAAAGCCACAUCUCGUCCCUCGAAAGCGGCCACCAAAACAAAACAGACGCAUCCCGCCCAGUCGUCGCAGUCUGAACAAGAGCUGCUGGCAGAGCUGGAUAACCUUGCCCAACGACCCGCCAGCCGACCUGCCACUCCUUCUCUCAAGCUAAAUGCUUCCCUUGCCGCCGGCGCUCGAUCGCCGAAGCGCACAUCUACUGCCACCCCUCCUCCUGGAAGGACGAGUGAGGAAAAGUCUAGCAAUGGUCAGCGGAAGUCUGGUGACAGUAUGCGUUCAUACCAUCAAAGCUUCACUCCGGCAACGACCUCCACUGAAGACUCAGCAGACGCCGAUGCGCCACCCGAAGCUGCACCUGCCCCUUCCAAAGGCGGCGGAUGGUGGGGAGGUCUACUCUCGACCGCCUCUGCCGCAGUCCAUCAGGCCCAGGCAGCUGUGAAAGAGAUACAGAAGAACGAGGAGGCACAAAAGUGGGCAGAUCAAGUUCGAGGCAAUGUAGGAAUACUUAGAGGCUUCGGCGGCGAGCUGAGAUCAAUCGCAAUGCCUACUUUCCAAAACAUCCUCCAGACAAUCGCCCCGCCCAUUUCCUCGCACGAACGACUGCAAAUCCAUAUUACGCACGACCUUACCAACUAUCCAACCCUGGAUUCUCUCAUUUACCAAGUCUUUAGCAGAGUCAUGGCACAGGUGGAGGGUGGAGACCUCAUGGUAGUACAACGAGGCCAUGAGGCUGGACCGAGGCGUGAUUCUACAGAGACGAGCCGGCCGCUAGGGUCGUGGCAUGAUGGACCCUGGUGGAGAAGCGGCGAGAGACGGAGCAUCAACGCCAUCAAGGGCAUGGUAGAGGGGAGUAAGUUGGUGAGAGCAUCCGCAGAGGGCUAUGCCGAAGAGUUCUUUGCCGCAAGAGGUGGUGUAGAGGAAGCAGCGAAAAAGGCUACCGAAACCCUCUCCGAAUCGAACCCCACAAGGAAUAGCGAGAUCUUCCUCGCUAUACAAGCGAUUUCGCAGCCCAUCUCAAAGGAACUGUUUGCAGCAGCACCAAGCCCAGAGCAGGAGGGACAAGUUCGAGAAGCGGAAGAUGACAAGGACGCAGAAGAGAUUAUAUUUGCUAUCUAUCUGCAUGAUCCCAUUCACGGUAUCGCCUUCCAUGCUGUCUCCCAAGCUGUGCCGGGGGUGUGGAUGGAGUGGUUAGACGCACCGAGCGGCGGAGAAGGAACAUUGCCCGAGGCUAUUGAAGAGAUUAUCGCAAGUGGUGGCAUCGAUCCUAGGGAAUGGGUGAGCGAAUGGGUAGAGGAGACGUUGAAUCUGGCUGUGGGCGUCGUCGCCCAGAGAUACGUCGCUAAAAGAAUGGGGGUUGGCGAAGGUGGUGUUAAUAAGGGUAAACUGAGGGCCGACCUAGGACAAGAAGAAAUGCUCCAAUCUGGCGGCGGAGAGGCCGCUCGAGCGUUGGGUGGUAUGUGA